AAUUUCAAAAUUAGAUGGAUUUUUUUAAAAAAAUUUGUUAGGCUGAUUGUUUUUGUUUGUGAUGAUUCCACUUUCACCAUCACAAAGACCGAUUAAACGGAGUAACUUAUGAUUCAACAAUCAGUGAGUUUCUACAGAAACAAUGGCGGUACGACUCCGUGUGUCGUUGAUGCUGCUGUUUGGGCUGGCCGGAGGGAUAGUUACUUUCUACUUCAUAUAUCAUGUUAAUUCAGCCAAAUCUCAGGAAGAGGAUGGAACAGUUAGACACUCAUUCAAAAGAUCGCUAGGGCGAGAGACUGUAAAUUUACAGAAUCUUGACAGUAAGCCCACUCCACAGAAUUCCAAGUGCACCUACCAUUCCUGUGUAGACGUCUUCCAUUGUGGUUAUAAUGACAGGACUAGAAUUAGUGUGUACGUGUACCCAGUCGUUGAAUACAUUGACGAGAAUGGCAGUCAGGCAUCUCCUGUUCUGUCGAGAGAGUUCAAUGAGGUUUUGGAGGCAAUCUCAGAUAGUCCAUACUACACAAACAACCCUGAAACAGCCUGUCUCUUUGCACCAAGUUUUGAUGUCCUGAAUCAAAAUAAUGUGAGAACAAAAGCUCUUGGCAAGCUCUAUUCCUUGCUUCAAUGGUGGAAUGAUGGAGCAAAUCACCUGAUAUUCAACAUGUUGCCUGGUGAACUUCCGGACUACAAAACAACACUGGAGGUAGACACCGGCAAGGCGAUGAUCGCUGGAGGGGGGUUCUCUACCUGGACCUACAGGAGAGGCUUUGAUGUGUCCAUCCCUGUCUUUAAUCCAUUCUUAGAGAAUGCAUACUUACAGCCCAAAUCUAAUUUAGAGUCUAGAAAAUGGCUACUGGUAUCGGCUCAGGUAGGUCUUCAUAGCGAGUACAAAGAGGUCAUGUUUGAGGUAGCAGCCUCCGAGAAGCGGUUCCUCAUCAUGGAUAAAUGUACUGAAGGCAAAAACUGGGAUUUUAAGAAGCGGUGCCAAGGAACAGUGGAGUACACUUAUCCUGAUAUACUCCAGGACAGCAAGUUUUGUAUGGUACUGCGGAGUGCACGCCUCGGACAUACUGCCCUCAGCGACGCUCUCAGGACCGGCUGUAUCCCCGUCAUUGUAGCCGAUGGUUAUGUCCUACCCUUCUCUGAAGUACUGGACUGGAAAAGAGCGGCAGUGGUUAUCAGAGAGGAGAACUUGAAAGACGUAGUGGAAGUCCUGAAGUCCUACAGUAUGGAGAGGAUCUACCAGAUGAGGAGACAGGCACGCUUCUUCUGGGAAAACUACUUCCACUCAAUCAAGGCCAUCACUGAGACGACGCUCCAGAUCAUCAACGACCGGGUGUUCCCUUACGUGGCAAAGAAAUACGAAGAGUGGAACGAGAUUCCAAACCCAAAAGCUGUGUGGAAUCCCAUGUUCCUCCCUCUGAUCCCGCCCAGUUCCCAGGGAUUCACUGCCGUGGUCCUGACCUUCAACCGUCCGGAGUCCCUAUUCCAGGUCAUCUCCAAGCUCUCCCUGGUCCAGAGUCUCUCCAAAAUUGUGGUCAUCUGGAAUAACCAGGCUAAACCUCCGCCACCUAUGACAGCUUGGCCUCUGAUUCCCAAACCUUUGAAGAUCAUCCAGACACAGAAAAACAAACUUAGCAACAGGUUCUUUCCAUACCAUGAAAUCCAGACGGAGUGUAUACUUGCCAUUGAUGACGACAUCACAAUGUUAACGUCAGACGAACUAGAAUUUGGAUACCAGGUGUGGCGGGAGUUUCCGGACAGAUUGGUUGGGUUUCCGUCUAGAGUUCACCUGUAUGGAAAUGAGUCCAACAAGUUUAAGUACGAGUCGGAGUGGAAGAAUAAUAUUUCCAUGGUACUGACAGGAGCUGCCUUCCAUCACAAGUAUUACAGUUACCUGUACACCUACAACAUGCCUGGUCACAUCAGACAGUGGGUCGAUGACAACAUGAACUGCGAGGACAUUGCCAUGAACUUCCUCAUCUCCAACGUGACCGGUAAGGGUCCCAUCAAGGUGACCCCGCGCAAGAAGUUCAAGUGUCCAGAGUGCACCAAUAGCGAGAUGCUGUCCUCAGACACCCUCCACAUGGUCGAGAGGUCGGAGUGUGUCAAUAACUUUGUCCGGGCCUAUCGGUCCAUGCCUCUCAAGGGCGUGGAAUUCCGGGCGGACCCAGUGCUUUAUAAGGACGACGUGCCCAAUGUUGUAAAGAUGUACACGGAGGUCGGGAGUCUGUGAUUUUUUUUCUCUCGUUAACCUCAUUGUUGCUUAUCUGCCUAGUUAUUUUAUUUUCAUAUUGCAAGUAUUGUUUUCAGGUGUUUCACUUUUUGUUUUAAAUAAAAAUCCAGAUAUUAGGAAAGCUAGAAAUGCCUUUUUAAAAAUUUGAACAUGUACUGCAUGUUAUGUCAUUUAAUGAACAUUUAAAAUUGUUUUUAGCUGUUCUUUUACAUGAACUACAAGUACUUGUAUUUGAGAUAAUUUUGCAUGUAAUAAUUGAAAGCUACUUCAGUAUUUGUGUUUUUAAAACAAUUUCAUAGGGUUUUUUCCGACAUUUGUAUACUGGGUAUUCCUCUAUGGUUUAACUUUUUUGAUAGUUUUUUUUUUUUUUUUAAAUUACCGUAGAUUAUUCAAUGAGGGAUAGAAAAGAAAUGAUUAAAGCACUUGCAGUUAUACUGCAUCAGUCCAUUUUAUUUUGAAAUGUAUUUCAAUGAUUUAAACACAAAUUUCAUCUUCUUGGAUAUUUCUGUAGAUACCUUUAUGAAAUAUGUGUACCCAUGUAUUAGAAAAAAUAAGAAUACAGUAUGGUGCCAAGUUUAUGGAGAUAUACAAUCAUGCAUUUGAUUUUACAUGACUGUUUUGUUGAAUUUGUUAAAAAUUUUGUAAAAUAAAUGUACAUACAAUGAAGCAUGCUUUUAUAUAGUUUAUGUAGAACCUCUAUUUAAAUGGUAUAGGUUGUUCUUUUAUUUCGACUACAUGUACACUGUACAUGUACCUUUUUAUUAAUGCAUAAUAUAAUUACAUGUAAUAGUGUAUUUAUGUCCUAAGACAGUGCUUUAAUUAAGAUAACAUUAGUUCACUUUUGAAUUAUCAGUACUGCAAACCAACUUUUACGCCGGGCAACUUUAAUUUUCAAUUAUUCAGUGAUUCACUGGUUUAAUUGAAGCAAAUUAUUUUCAUGACAGGGCCUUGAGUAGGUAAACUUUAACAUUGACAAUAACUAAUUUAAGAUUGCUACCUGGCUAGAAAUAUUGGUGAUUUAUCGAGGCUUUGAUCAGAUUGAUAAGGAACAAGAUGAGAUUUUAUUGCUAUUCAAAUCAUUCUUUCCAUUCCCUUCCAUACUUAAUUUGUGUUCAAGAAAAAUAUGUUUUGUGUGUAAAAUGUACAUGUAUCAAUACCGAUUAUGGAAUUCAUUGAACUUGUAGAUGGGAUAUGAAUACCAUUAACAUGUAUUAACUGAUCAUCUGCAUUGUUGUGUUGAUCCAUUUAUUAAAUGAAAAUUCUCUCAA